ACCUCGCGUUCUCAAUUUUGAGCGCCAAAGUACCGUUAGAGACGAAGGGACAGUUUUGUAGUUUCUCAUAAACAAAUCAAGUCGGUUCUGGCAGGGCGGGCUCCUCUCUAGUCAUUUGAAAGCACUAGUGUUCAUAAAAAGCAUAUCCCACGGUUCCCACCACCACCCUCGGCUUUGUUUCACGCCUUCACCAUUACUUUCAAGUGAUUGGAGAGAAUUCAUGACCAUUCCUCAAGCAAUUCUCCUCCAUUGUAUAAAUAGGCACAAUUUACCAAUUUUGCAAGCACAUUUGGAAUUUGCGAACUGCGAAGCACGAACUGUGAACUUUUCAGUAGCGCGGGAAUUUCCCCAUCAGAGGAAAACGUUCCAUGGAGGCUUCCACCACUCAAAUCCUUUACCAAAAUUUAAUCUCCUCUGCCAUCCAGAGAUGCCGGAUCGCUGAAGAUCUUUGCAGAUUAUCCGUUGUUCUUAAACGCAUUCCCGACUCCGAUCCUCCGCUCGUCAGAAUCUCAUUUUCAGAUACUGGCAUUGGGAGCUGCUUGGAAGAGUUUCAAAACUUGAAGUGCCCAAGGAAUAUCGUUUCUGACGAGAAUUUUGAUGGAGUGCUUUCCAUCACAACUACAAGCACAUGUGACUCCAAGAUUUUUCACUACCAUAUGAAUUUAAAGGAAACUGUAGCUGCAAGAAAGCUGACAAGGUUACCUUCAACCCCUAAGAAUGGUGCAAAAUUCAGUGGAACUGAAGUAUGUCUGUCCACUUGUGAGAGCAUUGCUGAGUUAACAACAGGGAUCACUCUCUUCUUCCAAAAGAUUCUUAUUCUAAAAAUUCCUAAGGUAGCAGUUGAACUUGUAGUUGAACAAGCCAAUGCCCAUGGAUUGGGAUAUGAAAAUCUUCUUCUGGCAGACGAGGGCAUUCUUUCUCUUCCCAUAUCAAAUGUUGAACGGCUGACCUCAGGCCUUGAAGAUUAUGUUCUUAAGCAUGGAAAUAUGCUUGAUAAACAAUGCUCAUCUUGCUUCUUAAGUAGAGAACAUUUGAAGGUUGGAAGUGGAGUAGGAUGCAGUGCAGAAAGCGCCAGAAGCAAAGGACAAGUGGUGGAAGCUGUAAUUAUAAUAAGUGAAUUACCAGAGCCAUCAAGUCUGUUCUGCUCCACGGCAUUCAGUUCAAGAACAGAGGUGUUAUAUUUCCAAAACUUCUCACCAUGUUCAAUCCCUCAAUCCUCUCUAGAUGGAUUGACAAGUAUUGACUGGAAAAGUUAUGGUUUGGACUUGGGAACGGUUGUUUUGGAUAGAAAUGGCUGCGCAAUGCUAGAAUGGGAGAAUUUUCCACCAUAUUCCCAUAUUGAUAUCGUCAUCCACCGCUACCAUAAGAAGGCCAUAGUAACACAAGCACAGCAAAUGACUCAAGGUUAUAAACACCUUGUAAAGAAAGCAAUUAAAGUUGCCUUGGAUGGUUUGAAGCAGAGGUAUAAAGGAACUCUCCUCAGCGCACAUGCUCUUAAGAUUUGCAGUUAUGCCCCUGAUUUAGCAAGAACAAUCACUGGUCUGAUUCUGUCAUCCAAUGAUACAGAUUUUCAAAAAGAAUGCUGUUCUCUUCUUGGACUGCAGCCUCAUGUGAUUGGGGAAGAAAAGAAAGUUGAAGAUUGUAUCAAGGGAAAGGUUAUGACCAUUAUAGAGAUAAAUGAUAAAAAGCAACAGAGACGCAGAGAAUCUGCACCCCUCCUCUUUGAUGGUGAGAACAUUCAUGAACCAGAGUUCCAAGAUGAAUAUCAAGAAGGGGAUUACUACAAAGUUUGAGGUUAUUAAAUGGAGAGGGGUUGAACCAAGAGUUGUGCAGCUGCAUGCACCUGAUAAUCAAUAAAGCAGGGGAACUAUGAUUAAAUCGGACUUAGGACCAUGAUUUUGCUGGGAUGAGGGGGUGCACCCCGAUCUGAUUUCGCUCAUCACCAGUCAGGUGAUGGAGGAUAUCAUGGAGUGAAGCAUGCCUGGGAAAACCAGAACGUGUGAAGGAUGCCGCUGAUAUCUUGGUGGAUCUUUGCACCACUUAUUGAAACAGUUGUUUUUUCCAAGAAAUCCAGAAGAGGAUUUUUUUCUUUUGUAUUUUACUAUCACAGAUUUGGAUAGAUUGAGGAAACAAACUAAUGUAGCAUGUUAUAUUUAAAUCCAUAUGUGUUCUAUAUAAGAAAAAGAACUAAAAAAGAAGGCGGCUAAAGAAGGUUGGUCCACAGAACAGUGUUUUAAAGGUAUUGAUUAACUGAAGAUUCGAGAUCCU